UGCAACGCAUGCGCCGUCGGGGGCUGUUGGGGCGCGUUUGAUGUCAUCAGCGGGUGAAAAUGGCGGAGGGAGACCUGAACGUAGACAGCAUAAUUUCCAGGCUCUUAGAAGUCCGGGGAUGCCGCCCAGGAAAGACUGUGCAGCUGACGGAGGCGGAGGUUCGUGGCCUCUGCCUAAAGUCUCGCGAGAUCUUCCUCAGCCAGCCGAUCCUGCUUGAGCUCGAGGCGCCGCUCAAAAUUUGCGGCGACAUCCAUGGCCAGUACACGGAUCUGCUGCGGCUCUUUGAGUACGGUGGCUUUCCUCCCGAGGCCAACUACCUUUUCCUGGGCGACUACGUCGACCGAGGCAAGCAGUCACUGGAGACAAUCUGCCUGUUGCUUGCCUAUAAGAUCAAGUACCCCGAGAACUUCUUUCUACUGCGGGGCAACCACGAGUGCGCGUCCAUCAACCGCAUCUAUGGUUUCUACGACGAGUGCAAACGACGCUACAACAUCAAGCUCUGGAAGACGUUCACCGACUGCUUCAACUGCUUGCCCAUUGCUGCCAUCAUCGACGAGAAAAUCUUCUGCUGCCAUGGCGGGCUCUCCCCUGACCUCCAGUCCAUGGAACAGAUCAGGCGCAUCAUGCGACCAACAGAUGUCCCGGACACGGGCCUCCUGUGUGACCUGCUCUGGUCAGAUCCCGACAAAGACGUCCAGGGCUGGGGUGAGAACGACCGUGGCGUCUCGUUCACCUUUGGAGCAGACGUAGUCUCCAAGUUCCUCAACAGGCACGACCUGGACUUAAUAUGCAGAGCUCACCAGGUCGUUGAGGAUGGGUACGAGUUCUUUGCCAAGCGCCAGCUGGUGACCCUUUUCUCAGCGCCGAACUACUGCGGUGAAUUCGACAACGCGGGCGGCAUGAUGUCUGUUGACGAGACGCUGAUGUGCAGUUUCCAGAUCCUGAAGCCCUCCGAAAAGAAGGCGAAGUACCAGUACGGUGGUCUCAACUCCGGGCGGCCCGUGACGCCACCUCGGGGGCCAGUCAAGAAGAAAUGAACACCACAGUGAGGGGGGAAAAAACACCAGAGGGAGGACAGGAAAUUCAACAAACAACAAGACGUCUACCCACCACCACCACCGAAAACAAGAGCUACAUGCCCGCCUCUUCCUUACACCUCCUCUGUUUCCACGUUGUUGCCGCUACCGCCUCUGCGCUUUUCCCGCUGCCAGCUCGGUCAAGCGUCGGCUUCUGGGCCAUGCAGUGCCCGCGGACACCCUUGGUUCAUUUCUUUCUCUCAAUUGUCUUGGCUUGGUCCAGCUGUAGGUUUCUUCCUUGAUGUGUAUACCCUCUCUCAUUGAACAGUGGCUUCUUGUGCAAGAAACUCAUCUCGCAUUGGUGUUUUAUUUUUACUUUGUCAUCAUGCUGUUGCAUCUCAUUUUUUUUUUCCUCCCCCGUGCAGUGCCUGCCCCUUUUCAUUUUGCCUGAUUCAUGCGAACAGUGAAGUUUGGCCUGCAGAGCAGGAAAGUUCUUGAAAACUUCUUGCGAACAGGGUAGGAGCUUGGACGUAACGCCUAUAUUGCAGAGUGUGUUAUUCAGUAUGGGCUUGAUGAACUUGGCCUUGCAAGUUGUUUUGCAAACACACUUCACAAGAAAAAGCUGCUCUGAACCUGCAGCACCACUGUCCAGUGCAUGACAAACUUGGGGUGCCAGCUAUGCGAUGCACUUUUGACUCACUGGUCCCCACAAGCUCAUCUGGACAACUUUUCUUGCCGGCAAACUAUUUGCCCGUGUGCUUUAGCUGACGCAGUUGGGCAAGACCUGUUUGAAAAUGGAGGGGGCUUGAUUGUGUGUUCCGACCAUCUGCGCUUAUUGAUAUUGUUUUCGCUAUUUCUAAUGGUUGCUUUGCUGUUGACAAUCCAGGAGCUGUCAACAUUUUGCUGGCUAGUUAGAUGGCUAGUAAAGCUUUUCAAUGUUUGUUUGUAACACAAGCUUCAUGGCUGUUUUUUGUUGCUUGUUCCCUCUGUAUUAUCAUGUCCACUGGUUGUCUCUUCCUUACAGUGCAGUUUCUCUUGACGGCAAGGCAUGGUGUUUGCCUGUAGGUUUUGUUGGGGAAGAAAUAGAAGUCGUGGGGGCAAAAUCACUUUUAACAAUUGCGUUUUGAUUAGUCAUUUCGGCUGUUUCCUAGUAUGCAAACCAGUCUGUACAGACCGUCUAAUGGUUGCCGUUUCCAGGACAUUUUUCGUGUAGGAGAUAACGUCUUCGUUAGGAUGCCUUUGUUUGCAUACAGCAUGUCGCCCAACUUGUUCCCACAUCAUCCACACACCUAGCCUACCACCUUAGCAGCCGUGCGUGUCGUGUGAUAGGCCUGCGUCGUUGUGGGUCACAGUGACAUCUCUGCGUAUGGUGGCUGUGGUAUGUGUGCAUCUGUGCUAGAAGCAGCGUGGUCAUCAUGGAGGGGCAGCCACGAAUUGGCGCAACUUACCGACGAAUACACGAAGCAAGGCUGUAGUCUUUGGAUUGAACCAUCUGCAAGCUUGUGCACUUUUUGCAAGGUACAGGCUUGUGUUUUGCAUAGAAUAUGCUUGAAAAACUGCACCUCUCACUCGGAAAUAGGGGCAUGUUGGGUGGUGAAGCGAGUUCCAAGGAGCUUUCUGGCAAGCCUUGCUUCUGCAGCCAUUCUUUGCCCAGGUUGUCUUGCUUUGAACAAUUCAGUGCCGAUGGAUUCUGCCACAUUGCCUCCUUUGGCUUUGCUCCGCGGAGGCAAUGGUAGAACUCUGCAGCGGUGAAAUGUUUAGAACGAGCUCCCUGUUCAUCUAACCACAAUGUGUCAAGCUGUGGGACAUAAAAAAUACUAAAUAUGGUAAUUAGAUGUGGCACUAGUUUUGCAUAAUUUCAGAGCAAUGAAUUGGCCUUCGUAGUGAAUUUCUAUUGUAUGCACGUGUAGUUUGCCGUCAGACUAGCUUUUCGUUGAUCCUUUCUUUUUGAAGCUGUUCGUACCAGGAGUGUAAGCCACCUGUAAAAUAUCUUGCUCUUGUUCGGAAUGGUACCAAUACUGCUGUUGGUGUACAGUUCUAGUAAGUCAAAUAACUAUUACCUAUAAACAGCCUUGCCAUGUCUGUUUUGAAGAGGCCGGGAGGGUGCUGGGAGGGAUGGCAAAUAAGAUGAGUCACAACAGUCUGCAAUGUUGCUUCAUGGGGAGAAAUCCCAAGUCUGUGUUCAUUUUCGCGAGGGCCUGCAGCGUUGCGUGGCCAUAGACGUUUCGAGGCUCAUUUGCGAUGUAGUGGUCUUUUUGAGCUGUGGCCAAGUCUUGCCGUGCCCAGCACUAGGAGCCUAGAUGCAGUGGAUGCCCAUCAAUUUUGUUCUUGGGGGGGCAGGGGGGGGCAGCAUUCAACGAAGGAAGCACGGCACAGCAGUGCCUUUCACCGGUUACUGUCUUCACUGCAGUGGUGUUUGCGCCCAACUGAUGCGGCUUGCUAUGUGUAGCGGCCACUUGGAAGCGUGAGGUUGUUAAGAGGCAUGUCUUUCUCCUUUCAAAACAGAGGUUAAUAAACAGUUGGGAAAGAAAA